AUGGUGUGGGCACUCGAGGAGAUUACCCCCAGAGGCUCCAGUGAGGAGCCGAGGUACUCCGCGACGGGGGAGCCAGUGAGGAAGAAGCGGAAGAGCCAAUGUCGAGAGAAAAGAGACCCGGGGACGGAGGAAUGGGGCUGGGAAGAAACCACCACGGGGGGAAAGGGCCCCAACACAAGGGCCCUGAGCUGCGGCGCCCGGCGGCAGAGCGCGCCCCCUGCCGUCCCCGCCUCGCCGCCCGAGGGGGCCCCCGAGGUCCAGUCGGGCGGCGGGGGCGCCCCCGGGGGCAGCGGCGGGGGCAGCGGCGGGGGCCCGGGCACUGCCUUCUCCAUCGACUCCCUGAUCGGGCCGCCGCCGCCUCGCUCCGGCCACUUGCUCUACACCGGCUAUCCCAUGUUCAUGCCGUACCGGCCGCUAGUGCUGCCGCAGGCGCUGGCCCCUGCCCCGCUGCCAGCCGGCCUCCCGCCCCUCGCCCCGCUAGCCUCCUUUGCCGGCCGCCUUACCAACACGUUCUGCGCGGGACUGGGCCAGGCCGUGCCCUCGAUGGUGGCGCUCACCACCGCUCUGCCCAGCUUCGCGGAGCCGCCCGACGCCUUCUAUGGGCCCCAGGAGCUCGCUGCCGCCGCCGCCGCCGCCGCCACUGCCGCCCGAAACAACCCCGAGCCGGGUGGCCGACGCCCGGAGGGCGGGCUGGAAGCCGAGGAGCUGAUGCCCGCCCGGGACAAAGUGGCGGAGCCCCCGCCGCCCCCGCCUCCGCACUUCUCAGAGACUUUCCCAAGUCUGCCGGCAGAGGGGAAGGUGUACAGCUCAGAUGAGGAGAAGCUGGAGGCAGCGGCAGGAGACGCAGCAGGCAGCGAACAGGAGGAAGAGGGCUCGGGCGGUGACAGCGAGGACGACGGUUUCCUGGACGGCUCGGUGGGGGGCCCCGGGGCUCUCCUGGGGCCUAAACCCAAGCUAAAGGGGAGCCUGGGGACAGGAGCUGAGGAGGGGGCCCCGGGGGCCGCUGGAGUCGCGGCUCCUGGAGGCAAAAGCCGAAGGCGCCGCACGGCAUUUACCAGCGAGCAGCUUUUGGAAUUGGAGAAGGAGUUUCAUUGCAAGAAGUACCUGAGCUUGACAGAGCGCUCCCAGAUCGCCCACGCCCUCAAGCUCAGCGAGGUGCAGGUCAAGAUCUGGUUUCAGAACCGGCGGGCCAAGUGGAAGCGCAUCAAAGCCGGCAACGUGAGCAGCCGUUCCGGGGAGCCCGUGAGAAACCCCAAGAUUGUCGUGCCCAUCCCUGUGCACGUCAACAGGUUCGCCGUCCGGAGCCAGCACCAACAGAUGGAGCAGGGGGCCCGGCCCUGAAGGCGCUGCCGGGGCCUUGGACGGCGGUGGACCCGUCCCUGUGCGGGCUCGGACACCGGGGUGGGGUUCCGAGGACCAGCGGGGCCGCCGCGCCGCUCCUGCCCCGGGAGAGGACUCCGUGGGCAGCUCACUCAGUGCUGGCUGGGUACUCGCGCCUGGCAACCUGAGACGUGGGCACUCGGGCCCCAGCCCGCUGCAGAGAUCCUCAGACUGGGGGCUUCCGGGUGAA